CAGGCUCGAGCUGCCAAUUAAGCAGCGGACUUUCUUGUGAACGAAUCGCAGCAUCGCCUCGAGUGACACCGCGUUCGCGACAUCGAGCUCUUCUACGGAUGUAUCGUUGUCGUCGAUCAUCGUCGUCAACGUCGUCGUCAACUUUGCCCUGCUCAUCGUCGUCACGAUCAUUCGGUCGCUUAUUCCGUUUAUAUAAAUGGAGAACCGACAUCGCGAUAUCGUAUACAUAUCGUGCCCUCGCGAUCUCCCUCAAAGUUCACGUGUUGCCUAAUGAACAUACGUGACGAGGGAGACAGACUGGCGUAAAGAUGCUCCGGAAAAAUCAGUGAUGGAAAGAGAGAGAGAGAGAGACUUCUCGGAGCAGAAAGGGACGGUGUGAUCAGUAAUACAUAGUGUCAGUCCAUCUCUCUCGCUCCGGUCGCGUCAGCACUGUUCACCCACCCUCCUUACCUACCUAUCCACCCACUUCGUCCUCUCUCUCUCUCUCUCUUCGUCUAACACCUCAACCAUUCUCGCUCCUUCUCACCCUCCCCUCCCUCUCUCUCUCGCACCUCCCCUGCUCCGCUACUUCUCGCGCAGUCGUUUUCCCCUUCGGAGCUCGCGUCAGAAAACCGUCGAAAGACCGUCGUCCUUGCGUAUACGCGACGCUCGCGCGGAGUCGUGGAGGUGCGCACCGCGCGAGACAGAAAGGGAGACGACGACACGGAAUUUUUACGUGUCAUGCCCCACCACACACCGGCCUUCCGUGGAUUUUCGCGUAGUAGGUCUCUUUCUGUUAUGGCGUAGCCAGUAACCCUCUCUCAUUCGCUCCUCCCCGUUUGAUGUUUCUCGCGCUCUGCCUCUGCUCUACGGCUCUUCGCGAACGCCACCAACAGCUGUUUCGUCCGAUCGUCGCCCUCUCGUGUGGUUCGCGUUUCGCUGUGAACGAAAGACAGAGAGAGAGAGAGAGAGAGGGGCUGGAGGAGAGGGGGCGGAUCGAGCGUCAGAGGGUGAAGAAAGAGACGAAGACGAGUAGGUGCGAGAAGGAGAGAGAAAGAGAACGGUGACCCUCUGUCUGUCUGUCUCUAUAUACCGUGCGCAUGGGAUUUUUUCUUCCGUCGUCGAUGACCUCAACGUCACGCACAGCGAACGAGAACUCUCUCGAUCAACCUAAUAACGAGUGCGGUAACACGAAAGACAUCGUCCUCCCCGUCGUCGUAAUUGUCAUCGUCGUCGUCGCCGUGGUCAUCAUUGUCGUUGUGUACAGGGGCGUACGCGAGGUUUCACAUCUCGUGUGUGUAAUCGCGCGAAUUCCGUUAGAGAGUAAAACGGUUGCGGAGCGUGUGUGUGUGUAAAAUAAAAUCGCAAGCACUGUCAAUUACUUAAUACCAAGAGGGUGACAACUUUGCAUACCUUAACGCUUAGGUGAAUAUUCGUGAUUUGCUAGUCUUGUGACAUUCACAAGAUCGGCAAGCAGGAUGUCAGUAUUGAAUCAAAGCGGCGACGAUGCGGUGGAGUGCCCGUUGUGUAUGGAACCGCUGGAGGUGGACGAUCUGAAUUUCUUCCCCUGCACCUGCGGGUAUCAGAUAUGCCGUUUUUGUUGGCACAGAAUCCGUACCGACGAGAACGGCCUGUGUCCCGCGUGUCGGAAGGCCUAUUCUGAAAAUCCGGCUGAUUUUAAACCCCUCACCAAGGAAGAAUUGUCAAGGAUAAAAGCUGAGAAAAGGCUAAAGGAUCAGCAACGGAAGCAGAAAGUUAUGGAAAAUCGGAAGCAUCUAGCAAACGUGAGAGUAGUACAAAAAAAUUUAGUGUUUGUAGUAGGAUUACCAUUGCGACUGGCAGAUCCGGAUGUUUUAAAGAGACACGAUUAUUUUGGAAAAUUUGGGAAGAUACACAAAGUUGUAAUUAACCAGAGUACUUCCUACGCAGGGUCUCAAGGCCCCAGUGCUUCGGCUUAUGUUACUUACCAACGUCAAGAGGAUGCGCUACGUGCUAUAGAGGCUGUGAAUAACAUUAUUAUGGAUGGACGGACAAUAAAGACAUCAUUGGGAACGACCAAGUACUGUUCGCAUUUUAUGCGUAACCAAGCCUGUCCGAAGCCGGAUUGCAUGUACCUGCACGAUCUCGGGGACCAGGAGGCAUCGUUCACGAAGGAGGAGAUGCAUAUGGGGAAGCAUCAGGAGUACGAGCGCAAGCUCGUGCAAUCGUUGCAUGCACAUGCAUCUUCGGUACAACGGAAGCCGACGCCGUCGCCACCUGUAACCGGCAGUAUUGUUAGGGAAAGCGGAACCGUGAAUUCACAGACCAAGGAAGCAUGGCCGUCGUUGCAGCCGGGACAAACGAACAACACACAAACCAGUUGCAAGGAAGUAUCGCCACCUGUGCAAACAGCCCCGCAGCACAGCAACAACGUGGGGAACGCGAGCGGCGGCGGUGGUGGUGCGUUAGUUCAACAAGGUCACAUACCCCCCGGGGUUGUGAGCGCGCAGCAUCAACAGAACAACAACAAUAAGGGUGAAAGUGGUGUUGUCGGUGUACGGCGGGGUAAGAAUAACAGCAGCGAGAGCAAAGCGCAGGCGGCACGGAACAAGCACAAAAAUUGUCAGAACAAGGAGAAGCAUUGUGGUGGUGGUACACGUACGACGUUGCGAACCGAAUCGAGCUCGGCCGGCGGCGGCGGCGCAACGCAAAACAGUAGUAGUUCGCAAAUUAACGGGCAGAAGGACAUAAGAAACUUUUCCGCCGAUACGAACAGUGAAAUGUUGCAAAAAUUGGGUAACAAGUGUAAAUUGGAGCACCAACAGCAGCAGUCGUCGUCACAACAGCAACAACAACAACAAAUUAGCAAAACAUCAAAAUUAGUUCAACAGUCGCACGAGGUUAAAAUAAACGGUGUGUUACAAAACGGGGAUCGUCGGCACUCGGACAGUGAGACGGAUCAGCAGCGCGAAGGUAGCACACCGGCCAGCACGAUCUCGAGCACGGAAGACUCGAACCUAAACCACCAAGCCGAACAUUUGGCUGAAUCGAGCGAGGAGAACAAUGGCGCUGUUCUUUUGGGUACGUCUCCAGCUAGCACAAAUUCAUCGCAAGGUGCCAAUCAACCACCACCGCCGGGGCUGCAUAAUGGAUCUCAGAUUCAACACAACCACCGAUCGAUCUUUCAGGCGGACAAUAACAGUUUCUUCAGUUCGAAUAGCUUUCAGAAAAUUUCUACCACCACCUCAAUGCCACCUAACUCCCUCUCAGCGAACACAAAUCUGGAUUGGACGAGCACGGGAGUGGCUGCGAUACCAGACUCAUUACCGUCGGUCCAUUCCAGCGAAGAUUGGCAGGCGGCUUUCGGCUUUCAGACCGAGUCUUCUCGAACCAACCAUAUUAUACCGAAGUCCAGCCCCUCCGACUCGCCCAGAGUAACAUUCAAUUCUGAAGGUUUUGUAGACGAGGAGGUUUACAUUACCGCACCGUACACGACCACGCUCACAGAAUCAUCCGGUACCUUCAGCAAUAUGAUAGUAAAUUCACCCGCGUCUAAAUUCAUGGCGGACUUUCAACAAAAUUCAUUACAACAAAGGCUUACUAUGCAGGCACAGCAAAAUCAAGAAAAUUGCGAAUAUAUAAAGCAGAAUGGACACGCUACGUUGGAGGAGGUCCGGAAUCACCAUGAUGCGGGUUCAGACGUGAAAGCGGACGACGAUUUAGGAUUCGAUCCUUUUCACGAGACGCAGAAAGCAUUAGCCGAACUUAUGGAGAACGAGAUGCAGAUACAACAGCAGAGGAUAUUCCAGCAGCAGCAGCAACAGCAGCAGCAACAGAGAGAACGGGAAGAGCAGAAUAGAGUGCAACACCAGACCUUUGCGACUCUCAACCAACAACACUUUCCACAAGUUGCGCAUAUAGCACACUUGCAGCAACAGGCCCAGCAUUUGCAAAAUCUACAGAUGCUUCAGUCGCAUUCCCUCCUGUCUCGUCUUCCACAGAACCUGUUACCAAGCGGCGGCGCGCAGAGCCCCGCUCAGAGCACAGUGACGGCUGCCAGUCUCGGACAACGCAGCCGCCUUCCACCACCGGGUUUCCCUGGAUCCACGCCAAAUCACAUGAACUCAUUCGGACUCGGCAUACCGCGGCCGGCUCCAACGAAUAAUACUCUCUCGGGAGCACAACCGCCACAGCAGAAUGCAUACCUUCCCAACGGGAGCCCGCUCAUCAAUACGCAAAGUAUCGGCAAGUGUGCGGGUGACACGGUGUAUACUCUAAAAGAAUGGUGCGACAUCAACAAUCAGCAACAGCAACAGCAACAGCAAUUCCAUCACCAGGCGUUGCACCAGAAAGGAGGAUGGAAUAAUUUUGGACCGAUCGCAGACUGGACCUCGAUUGAUCCGGCCAUAGUUAGUUCGUCUAGACCUCUUCCAUUCCAGACUACUAGCACAUGGCAGUUUUCUCAUAUUCAUCCUUCUCACACCGUAACUCACAAUGCGCAACAGGAACAGAAUGCAUCCGCUCAACAUUGGGCGAUGCAACCACCUCCCGGCUUCGCUGCACCGACGAGCACGGGACAACUGAGUAAUCCGCAACCGAGCACAACCGCACAGCCGCACACUAAGCUCAUCUCCACAGGAUCGGAAAUCGAGAGUAAGUUGGUCGCGAUAAAGCUCCGUGCAAACUGAAAAAUAUUACAAUGCUGCCGCGGUAUCGAAAUAUAUAUAGGGCGUCUAUGAUAUUGCAGACCUUUAAAUCUUAUGCGAGGGUGAACGAGUGGCGAGUCAUAAAAGUGUUUCUCCGGACGUGGCAAGAUCAAAUAUCCAGCUAAUGAGAGAGAGAGAGAGAGAGAGAGAGAGAGCGAAAAGAGAACGAAAAGAAAGAAUGAAAGACAAAGAAACAUGAUGAAAAAGCGAGAAGAGUCGAUUACGUACGUUUUCCUCUAACACAUGUCCGUGUCUCAUAUUUUAUUCUUAAUCCAUUUUGAGUUUACUCUCGACUCUCUGAGGCGAAAAAAAAGUGUCGGAAUACAAGUUCGCGCAUAUGAAAUGUAACGAGAUAUUUAUGCGUUAAUACACUUCUCACUUCGAUAUUUCUCCGAACUGUAGCAAGAUUUAUUCGUUUUCUAUUUCAAAGUCCGGCCCUAACAUUGUAACGAGAAACGGAAGUUCGUGUCGAUUCCGAGAAAUGCAUUGACGAGAACCGAUACUCGGCCAAUGAAACUUUUUGAUAGGAAGACGAUCGUAAAAUUCAAAAACUCUCUACGCGUUUCCUUCGGAUGAUAAUCAUCAUCAGGAUUCUGUUUUCGUUCGUGACUCAUUCGAACGGAAAAGUAUCCUUCGUUUGCGAAUAUUCGACAUUAAGACAUUCAGAGGGAAAAAUAAAAUCGGCGGAGGCGAAACCUAACGAAACUUCGAUGUCUGUUGAUUGUUUGUAUUAUUUAAAGCUAUCACACACACAUACACACACACACACACACACACACACACAUGUGAUGAAGAAUGCGUAUUUUAAUCUGCAGAAAAGGUUUUAUUCUGAUUAAUUCGAAGGCAGACAAAGAAAAUUCAUCGUCAGGACUGGUUACUUUCCCCUGUCCGAUAAUACGAUAUGCGUCAUGCACAUUAUUCUGCUGUUUUACAGUAGCACCUUUGCGAACCCGAAUGUCGCUGAGAAACAUAUACUGGCAUGUUUUAUGUGUUUUAUGCGGUAAUUUUUAAAUAGUCUCGAAAUUCUUUUAUCGUUGAUUUUAGGACGAUGAGUCAACAAUAUCAAUAAUGUUAUAUUGAAGAAGAAAAACGGCGUGUUUUUUUCCUGUUCUGCGCACAUAAUUCUUUUCUGCUCGACGGUGUCAUUUCGUCAUAUCGUAUUACGACACUUUAAGUCUCUAAUUCGCUACACAAAGUGAAUAGAGAUUAGCUUAAGAAUUGGUAAACUUGGUUUCGACAAUUGUUUCGUCGAAGAAGGCAAAUGAUAAUAUCGAAUUGUAUCGUGAACGGAUCGGGCGCGGGUCGAGUUUCGAAUUUUAAAGACUUCUGUACUCACAUUACAUGGGAAUAGCGAUACCUUUUCGAUUUCUCGACAACAGGCUAGCGAUGUUGUACGUCUAGAAAACCACAGAUGGCUGUCUAACGUAUUAACAUAGCCUCAUACAAGACACAUACACACACACACACACACACUACAUACCCAUGCAUACAAAUAUACAUCCGCGCGCGAGCGCACACAUACAUAUACACGAGUAUAUACAUUCACACAUUACAAUGUAUUUUAUUUACGCGAACUGAAAUGAGAAAGAAAAAAAAA